GGCCAUGCAGGCGCGCUACUCCGUGUCCAGCCCCAACUCCCUGGGAGUGGUGCCUUAUCUCGGCGGGGAGCAGAGCUACUACCGGGCGGCCGCGGCCGCCGCCGGGGGCGGCUACACAGCCAUGCCGGCCCCCAUGAGUAUGUACUCUCAUCCGGCCCACGAGCAAUACCCCGGCGGCAUGGCCCGCGCCUACGGGCCUUACACGCCGCAGCCUCAACCAAAGGACAUGGUGAAGCCCCCCUACAGCUACAUCGCUCUCAUCACCAUGGCUAUUCAGAACGCCCCAGACAAGAAGAUUACUCUGAACGGCAUCUACCAGUUCAUUAUGGACCGCUUCCCUUUCUACCGGGACAACAAGCAGGGCUGGCAGAACAGCAUCCGGCACAACCUCUCGCUCAAUGAGUGCUUCGUCAAGGUGCCCCGGGACGACAAGAAGCCCGGCAAAGGCAGCUACUGGACCCUCGACCCGGACUCCUACAACAUGUUCGAGAACGGCAGCUUUCUUCGGCGGAGGCGGCGCUUCAAGAAGAAAGAUGCGGUCAAAGACAAGGAGGAGAAGGACCGUCUACACCUCAAGGAGCAAUCCCAGCAGCAGUCCCACCAUCAGCCCCCUUCCCGGCAGCAGCAGCAGCAGCAGCAGCAACAACAACAAUCAGAGCAAGCCGAAAGCGGCGCGGCAGGGGGCUCGGGCGGUGGGAGUUCACAGCAGCAGCAGCAGCAGCCGGUGAGAAUUCAGGAUAUUAAGACGGAAAAUGGUACGUGCUCCUCGCCACCUCAGCCACUGUCCCCAGCCGCGGCCGCUCUCGGUGGCGGUAGCAGUGCUGCGGUCCCUAAAAUCGAGAGCCCCGACAGUAGCAGCAGCAGCCUGUCCAGCGGCAGCAGCCCCCACGGUAGUAUCCCUUCCAACAGGUCUCUGAGCCUAGACGGGGGGGAGCACACGCCGCAGCCCCAGCCGCCGCACACACAGCAGCAGCAGCAGCAGCAUAGCCAAGGCUUCAGUGUGGACAACAUCAUGACCUCGCUGCGGGGCUCGCCGCAGGGAUCGUCCGCGGAGCUUGGUUCCAGCCUCCUGGCCUCCUCGGCCGCCGCUUCUUCCAGGACGGGCAUCCCUCCCUCCUUGUCGCUCAGCGGCUUCUCCCCAGGACAGAGUUCCAUCUAUAGCUCCCCGUGCAGCCAGAGCGCCAGCACUGGCAGCGCCAGCGGCGGAGGUGGCGGCAGCGCCGGCGGGGGAGGUGGCGGCGGCGGCGGCGGCGGCGGCGCUGGGGGAGCCGGGACCUACCACUGCAACAUGCAAGCCAUGAGCCUGUACGCAGCUGGGGAAAGGGCAGGUCACUUACAGGGUGGGCCCGGGGGCACGGGCAGCUCAGCAGUGGACGAUCCCUUGCCCGACUACUCUCUGCCCCCGGUCACCAGCAGCAGCACGUCUUCCCUGAGUCACGCCGGCCAGGAGCCGAGCCACCACCCGGCGGCCCACCAAGGGCGCCUGACCUCUUGGUACCUGAAUCAGGCGGCUGGAGAUCUGGGCCACUUGGCCAGUGCGGCCGCGGCUGCUGCGGCAGCGGGAUACCCCUCACAACAGCAGAACUUCCACUCUGUGAGGGAGAUGUUUGAGUCGCAGAGGAUUGGCUUGAACAACUCUCCCGUGAAUGGGAAUAGCAGCUGUCAAAUGGCCUUUCCUUCCAGCCAGUCGCUCUACCGCACGUCAGGGGCUUUUGUCUAUGACUGCAGCAAGUUCUGACCAAAACAAAGCAGCAAAACAGCCCCCUCCUCCCAAAAAAAUCCUGAUCCAAAACCGAAACCAAAAAAAAUUCCCAAUUAAAAAACCCAAACUUUUAAACUCCACUUACAAACCAGCAGAAUCUCUCCCAAAAUAAAGCCUACCCAAACCACCAGCACAAAGAAAACUGUAUUUUCUUAAUUAAUUUGAGAGACACCUUGCCCUCCCUAAGUAAACCAAACUGUAAACUAUUUUGUACAGAGACAGCAAAAUCUUGGUUUAUUAAAGGACAGUGUUACUCCAGAUAACACGUAAGUUUCUUCUUGCUUUUCAGAGAUCGUUUUCCUUCCCCUCUAACGUCUUCCAUUCCCUUCCCCUACACCCUCAUCCCUCAACCUUCAUCCUUAAGAUAUUAUUUUAUCCUAUGUUUAAAGGAGGGAGGGAGGGAAUUCCCAUAUACUGCAGUUGCUUUCUCUCCUUCCCUCCCCCAUGGACUUGUUUUAAAAUGUAAAUUGCAACAUAGUAAUUUAUUUUUAAUUUGUAGUGGGAUGUUGUGGACCAAACGCCAGAAAGUGUUUCCAAAACCUGACGUUAAAUUGCCUGAAACUUUGAAUUGUUUUUUUUUUUCAUUAUAAAAAGGAAACUGUAUUAAUCUUAUUCUAUCAAUCAUUUUUUCUUUUUGUUGAACAUAUUCUGAAGGUAUUGCAUUAUUUGUUUAUUAAUAAAUUACCAUUCAAUUUGAAUGAGACUUUAGAGUCCGGAUACUUUAAUACACGUUUAAUUAGUUUAGAGAGAUUUAAUGUCAGAGAUUUAAUGGUAGAAGACUCGCAUUUCUUAAAUCUCUGAAAAGAAAAAAACAAUCCCAACGUCAAACCUCAAAUCCAAAAAAGUGCCCCCCCCCCUUGCAAUAUGUUCCGUAUAGUAAGUUUGCUUUAUGGCUAGGAAAAUGAAAUAUUUUCCUGAGCACAUCUAAGUUUGCAAAUAAAUAAACAUGUUUUCUCGGUGUUGAAGUAACACAAUCUGGAAAUAUUAAGUCCAUGAAGGAGCAAUGGUAUUGCAGGAUAUAUGUUGGUGUAUGUCUAGAGAGGAAGGGUAUCUGUAGAGAGACUCCCAGUCAUAUUGAAGUGAAUGCAUGACUCAUUUUGUUUAGAAUACACAAUGGAAAUGUAUAUUGCCUAUCCUUGUGAGAAGUAAGUGCUUAAUAGUUGUUGUUUUUUUUCCCUAUGAAAUCUAGCCUGUC